AGCCAAGGAUCCGACUGUCAUCCAAAAUGCCGAGCCUUACUAUUCGAGCAGACGCCGGUUCUCUGUGGUUUCUCUUCUGUAUCAUUUACUCUCAGUUUCUGACUGCGUCGUCCGAUGACAUAGUGGUGGCGUGUGGAGGAUUUGUGAAAUCUGACGUGGAAAUAAACUACUCAUUGAUCGAGAUCAAAUUGUACACAAAGCAAGGAUCCUUAAAAUAUCAGACGGAAUGUGCCCCAAUCAACGGCUACUUUAUGAUCCCUCUAUAUGAUAAGGGUGAUUUCGUGGUCAAGAUUGAACCUCCUGUUGGUUGGAGCUUUGAACCCACUAGUGUUGAUGUGCACAUCGAUGGUAUCACUGACAUCUGUACCAAAGAAAAAGACAUCAACUUUGUUUUCACUGGGUUCUCAGUGUCUGGAACGGUUCUUAGCAAGGGCCACCUUCUUGGGCCAGCGGGAGUUGAGGUCAAACUGAGCCCCAAAGGAACAGGCGAUGCAAUUCAGAGUGUCUCAACUCACCCUGGGGGAAAAUUCACAUUCUCCAAAGUCCUUCCUGGUAUCUAUGACAUCAUAGCUUCUCAUCCUUCCUGGACCCUGGACAAGAGCAAAACCUCGGUGCAUGUAUCCAAUACUAACGCUGCAGCUGCUGACCAACUGCUGAUUGGGGGCUAUGAUGUAUACGGGGAAGUCAGCAGUGACGGAGAGCCCAUGAAAGAGGUCACCUUCCUGCUGUAUUCAGCCUCUGUGAAGAGAGAGUUUGUCAGUGGCUGUAACACGUCCCCUGUGGAAGGGGCCGACCCUGGGGACAGUUCCUUACACUACCUGUGCAGCUCACUCUCAGGAGAAGAUGGCACCUUUGUCUUUCCCUCACUGGCCAGUGGCGAGUACACUGUUGUGCCUUUCUACCGGGGUGAGAGAAUCACGUUUGAUGUUGCUCCUGCCAAGUUGGAUUUCAAGGUGGAGCACAAUAGUCUGAACUUGCAGCCCAUCUUUCGGGUCAUGGGCUUCUCUGUGACUGGUCGAGUUCUCAACACUGUGGAUGGGGAAGGCGUCUCUGAUGCCACUGUUUCGAUUAACAAUCAGAUCAAAGUGAUCAGCAAAGAUGAUGGAUCCUUUCGCUUGGAGAACAUGACGGCAGGUGCCUACACCAUCCGCGUCAACAAGGACCUCAUGUUCUUUGAGCCAGUCACAGUGAAAAUUGCCCCAAACACCCCACAGCUUCCUGACAUCAUCACAGCAGGGUUCAGUGUGUGUGGACAAAUCUCCAUCAGCCACCUCCCUGAGGGCAUGAAGCAGCAGGGUCGCUACAAAGUGACUCUGACCCACCAGGGAAAGGACAAGAACUCAGGACGCACGAUUGAGUCAGACCCACAGGGGGCCUUCUGCUUCCAGACAAAACCUGGGGACUAUACUGUGCAUGUGUCUCUGCCGGAUGUGGACGUGAAAGCUGGACUGGCCUUGCUUCCUGAGACCUUGGACAUCUCAGUGGUGGAACGACCCCUGACUGACCUGCUGUUCACACAAUUCAUGGCUUCUGUUUCCGGGAAAGUCUUCUGCCUCGCGUCGUGUGAUGACCUCUCAGUUGUGCUGCAACCAGUGAGUCGCCAGGGAGAGCGGAGGACAGUCAGUCUGUCCAGCAAUGGAGACAUUCUCAACUUCUCCUUCGACAAUGUUCUGCCUGGAAAAUACAAAGUGAGCAUCUCACACGAUGAGUGGUGCUGGAAGCAUAAAUCCAUGGAGGUGGAGGUUGUGGACUCUGAUGUUUUGGGAUUGGAGUUGAGACAGAUUGGCUAUAUCCUGCGUUGCUCCCUAUCACAUGCCAUCACACUGGAGUUUUUCCAAGAUGGCAGCAAACCUGAAAACGUGGGCGUCUACAAUCUCUCAAAGGGAGUGAACCGCUUUUGCCUCUCGAAGCCUGGUUUCUACAAAGUCACACCGCGCUCCUGCCACCAGUUUGAACAGGAUUUCUACAUCUACGACACCUCGGCGCCAAGCAUCCUCACUCUCACUGCCGUACGGCAUCGCAUGACUGGCCUCAUCACCACCGAUAAAAUCAUGGACGUCACUGUCACCAUUAAGUCGUCAAUCGAGAGCGAGCCGGCGCUGGUUCUCGGACCUCUACGGAGCCAGGAAGAGCAAAGAAACGAGCAGCAGCUGGCGGAGAUCGAACUGCGGCGCAAAGAACGAGAGCGGAGAGCUGCUGAAGAAGAUGGCGGCACAAGAGACGACAGCACGCUGGUUUUUGAGAAGCCGGAUGAACUGGUUGGGCCCUUUCACUACGAGUUCUCCUACUGGGCCAGAGCUGGAGAGAAGAUAACAGUGACUCCGUCCUCCAAAGAGCUCCUGUUCUACCCUCCUGAGGUCGAAGCUACAAUAACUGGAGAGUCAUGUCCAGGCCGUGUGGUGGACAUCGUGGGUCGCGCCGGUCUCUUUCUCGAGGGCAUAGUGUCCCCACAGCUCCAGGGUGUGGAGAUCUCCAUCUCAGAGAAAGGUGCUGCAGAGACUCUUGUCACAGUGGUCACCAAUGAGCAGGGCGCUUACAGUGUUGGUCCCCUCCACAGUGACAGGCAGUAUGACAUCAGUGCCAACAAAGAAGGCUUCGUUCUCAGUCCUGUGGAGGGAUCUGAGGGCGACUUUAAGGCAUUUGCUUUGGCAGGUGUCACCUUUAAGAUAAAAUCAGAGGAUGGUCUCCCCCUGUCUGGCGUGCUGUUGUCUCUAAGUGGUGGCCGCUUUCGCUCCAACCUGCUGACUCAGGACACCGGCCUUCUGACCUUCAAUAACCUGAGUCCUGGUCAGUACUACUUCAAACCAAUGAUGAAGGAGUUCCGCUUCGACCCGCCGUCUCAGAUGAUCUCCGUCGAAGAGGGUCAGAAUCUGAGCAUCGAUAUUACUGGUAUCAAAACAGCAUACAGCUGCUACGGAAUGGUGCAGUCUCUGAGCGGGGAUGCGGAGAGAGAUGUGGCUGUGGAGGCGGUGGGUCAGGCGGAGUGUAGCAUCUACAGCGAGGACACUGUCACCGAUGAAGAAGGCAGAUUCCGCCUGCGUGGUUUGCUGCCCGGCUGCAAGUAUCUGAUCCAGCUGCGGGCCGAGGGCAACGACCACAUAGAGCGGGCGCUUCCACAGCAAAAAGCUAUCGAGGUGGACCACAGUGACAUCGACGGCGUCAACAUCAUCGCCUUCCGACAAAUCAACCAGUUUGACCUCAGCGGGAACGUCGUGACCUCCCCGGAACAUCUUCCAACAAUUUCGGUGAAGCUGUACAAGAGUGACAACCUGGACAACCCCAUCAACAGCGUUUCACUCGGCCAGUCUCUCUUCUUCCAUUUCCCUCCGCUGGACAGAGAUGGAGAGAGCUACGUGUUGAUGCUCCACUCCUCACUGUCCCGCUCCCAGUACGACUUCACGCUGCCUCAGGUCUCCUUCACCUCCUCUGGCUACCACAAGCACGUUACCUUGACCUUCAACCCCACACGCAAAGUGCCUGACCAGGAUGUGGCCCAGGGUUCUUAUGUGGCUCUACCUCUCACUCUACUGCUGCUGCUGGCAGCGUACAACCAUGAAAAGGUCCUCCCGUUGGUGCUGCAGCUGGUGAGUCGUGUCCAGGGUGUGAGGAGCAUGAGUCAAGCCACCGCCGACAACGCCACAGCAGAUGAAGCCAAACGUCAGGCGAAGCGACCAAAGGCCAGACGCACCUGAAGAACAGCGACGCCCUGCACUUAAACCGACUUGACCCAUUCGGGUUUGAAGGUGCUGACAAACUGUUCGGCCCCACAAGACUAACAAUGAGCGAUGGACAUUUUCUGUGUUGUCCCACGGACACAUUGUCAUUGUCUGUGUUGAGAUGAGCCAUUUUUCUACCUUUGUAAUUUAUCUACUGAAGGUUUUGCUUUGAUUUUGGAAAGAAAAAGUAUAUUUCUUUUUUUUGCCACAAGUUUAAAUAUUAAAGUAGAAGUGAGUCUCUAGUUUAGACAUUUAAAUGCACCCCACAUGUUUUAACCACACACAACCAUGGUGGAGAAUCGGGACAUCAGAGCCGCGCGUCUCUGCCUGAGAUGAUGGUGUGUGAGUCGGACUGAUCUGACGCCUUCAGGGAGUGUGGUGAGGUGGAACUGAUACCAACUAAUUUAUUCGUAACAAUGAGCUAUAGAUGUGAAUAUUGGGAUUGAAUUUCUGUUUUUUUUAAUAAAUCACGGUGAGAUUGAUUUUAUUGAACAACAUAAAUAAAAUGAUAAUGUGUUACUGCCUUUGCCACAAAUCUGUGAUUUAAUAUGCAACAUAUAUGGACUCUAAUGCUGAAGUGGGAGAGUAUCAGUCACAAGUUUUUCAUGUCAUAAGAAAAGCCUAUAGGGGGCAGUGUAGCACUAAACUUGAAUUUUAGUUCCUCAAGUCAAAAGAAGCAGAAGCAGACUUCAAUGCAUCGGCUUUGAACUGUGGCUACACAAUCACGAUGAUGCUAUAUGAAGUUUAACAUAACUGAAGCCUGAAUUGCUUUUUGUUUUUCUCCUCAUGACUGUCAGACCCCUCUUUCUCCAGCCAUUCAAACCAGAAAUGGAUUUUAGCUAUUCAAAUAAGGCAUUCUCCAGAGUGACAAAAUUUCCAAAAAAACACGCCACCUAACACAAAGGAACAGUUCGGAGGUGAAGAAAAGGAGGUUCAUGUUUAUCCACUCUUGGGGUGUUAGAAAAUAUGGAUAGAUCCAACUAUUAUGAUGCCUGACCAUGCAAUAUAUCAAUGUUUUAAGCACGCCAGAUCCAUUUUUAAAGAUAAAAUUUAUGAAUGUUUCUGCUUCUCAGCUGUAUGAAGGCAUUUUCCCCAUGCGAUAAUGGCUUUUGUCACCACGUGGCAUAUUGCAAUGUCUCGCGAUAUAUCGUCACUCCUGUAUCGGGACGUAUAUCGCAUCGCCAAAUACCAGCCAAUACACAGCCCUAACUCAAACCCGAUCCUGGCCACAGACUGGAGAGGAGAUGAAGAGUCUGCAGGCCUGACUCCACCACCAUCGCUGUAUUUAUCACAGUGUGAAAAACCCUGAACCUCCAUGAGAAAAGUCUCUAGGUCUCAGUAGCUCUGACCAAAAUCGCUGUUCCUGAUGAUGUU